GAAAAUUGCCUGAACAUCCAAUCCAACACACACCCCCAGACCUGCAGUUAUAAAUUCCAAGGGGUCUUUUGCCAACUGGAAAUUUGGGAAUUACUUGCGGGUUGUUUGGAUGCCUGUAAUUUCUGUAAGUGGGAACUGACUUACAGGUAAGUCACUUACUGGUGACGUUUGGGGGAGGAAAUUCACCUGUAAGUCAGAGGUGCCAGGAAACUUCGUGGGGCUAGUGGUGAGAAGUCACUUUAAGGUGAAAGUCACAACUUAAAAACUUACAGGCAUCCAAACGACCAAAGAAAUUCAAUUCCCUGACAAUUGAAUUUUAUUUGUCAUGUUUUGCAACAUGGAAUGUCAUUCUGCGGAAUCCAGUGACUCUGUUUGGAUGCUGGGAAUUACUUGUCAGGUAUUCUAGUGUGUUUAUUCACAGAAGAAUAAACUUGAAGAGAUAAACCAUAUCAAAUAUGCCAAAGUUACAUACACAGGUGGCAUGUAAGGCAAUCAUUGGGCUGAGCCCUUUGUAAGAUAACCUUGGUCAAGACGUUAGGCAAUUUUCUGCAGAUAGAAGAUGAUAGUUAGAAAAGUACAUAUGAAUUAUUAAAUGUACUAACUGGUACAAGCAUUUCCUCCAAUAUUUAGUCAAAUGCAUCAAGCCAUCAUGCGCAUCACUUAAGGGCCGGAAUGCAUUGUAACAGUUGUCACGAAUUCCGUUGACCUGUGCAAAACAUUCUCUCUAUGGAAUAUCAGUGGCAACGGCCUACAACUUCCAUGCAGUAUUUCCUCCGUGCCGUUGCACUUUGUUCACAACUACCCACCUGAGGUUCUUGUUCCUUAAGAAACUUCACAAGGGCCUGUUGUGCUUGUGCUUCAAAUAAUGAGGUGAAUAGCUUGUAAUUAUUGCCACUAAAUUCAUUCAUCUGUUCACAACACUAUUCCCAGGACAUAUAAAUGGGUAAUUUCUGAAAAAUAGACAUGGUAUUUCUGUUGUACAUGGGAGUUAUAAAGUUACCUGCCUACUGAAAUCAAAUUAAAUGGCCACCACAAAUAAAUUAACAAAAAUAGUGGCUAAAUUAACACUAAGGUUCAACAUAAAUCGAAGGAUAAACAUUUAAUAUAAAAUAAAUCAUAUAAACAUAAGUCCAACCUUCAUUAAUUUAAAAUAUUAUCCAGCCAGAUAUACCUUAAUUAUGCCCACAUUUGAAGGAAGAGCAUCAAUUUUUUUUUUGCCUGUGCUAUAAGAUGCUUGAAGGCGUUCCACAUGAAUGCAUCUGUGAUGGUCGUGGUGUUCUCCAAUUCCUUUAGCACGUGACCCUCUAAUUCUUGCUUGGGAUGAAUCUUCUAUGUCCUUCACUGUAUUAGUGCAAUUCUUCAUGGAACUAUUAAUUUCAUGUGGAACAUUUUGUUCGAGGUGACUGUGCACACCUUCUUCUUCUUCUUCUGCAGGUUAGAUGAGGAUGGCCCUUCCUCUGGAGUAUCAGCCACAUCAAACUCGAGAACCAAACAUGAUGAUUGUUGAGGAUGUGUUCCUGCAGCAGAAAACUCAGAGCCAAUUAUUCCCCAUAAUAGUUAUGGUCAAAUGGCUCUAAUGGAAAUGGUUCAAGUGGGGCAUUGAAUACAGAAUUCCUAAUUUUUUGUACAUAAAUAAUGGCUUGUGCAGCUACUGCGGGUAGCACAAGGAAUUAAACGGUGGGAAACGUCAUGCGUUACAGGGGCAAUACAGUUUUUUAUAAAAAGCCACUAGCUGAUGCAGAAGGAGCUAAGAAGCAUAACAUGAUUGAAUUGUUAAAAUCGUAUGGUGGCCUGUCUUUUGGACAAAAUGGAAGCCAUUUCGAACCAAAGCCAGUUGCACCCCCUCUGCCAAACAAGUGUGACUGGGAAAUUGACCCCUCUGAGCUGGAUUUUUCAAACUCGACUGUUAUUGGAAAGGGAUCUUUCGGCGAGAUUUUGAAAGCCUGUUGGCGUGGAACACCAGUAGCAGUGAAACGCAUUCUUCCAUCUCUCUCGGAUGAUAGAUUGGUGACCCAAGACUUCAGGCAUGAGGUCAAUUUGCUAGUGAAGCUGCGCCACCCCAAUAUUGUCCAGUUCCUCGGAGCAGCCACAGUGAGGAAACCUCUGAUGUUAAUCACGGAAUAUCUGAGAGGGGGUGAUCUGCAUCAGUUCCUCAAGGAAAAGGGCUCUCUUAGUCCAUCGACUGCUAUUAACUUUGCACUAGACAUUGCCAGGGGCAUGGCUUAUCUCCAUAACGAGCCAAAUGUUGUAAUUCAUAGAGACCUAAAGCCGAGGAAUGUGCUUUUAGUCAACUCCAAUGCUGAUCAUUUAAAGGUUGGAGACUUUGGAUUAAGCAAGCUCAUCAAAGUCCAGAAUUCUCAUGAUGUCUACAAAAUGACCGGAGAGACUGGAAGCUACCGAUACAUGGCUCCUGAAGUUUUCAAGCAUCGGAAAUAUGAUAAGAAAGUUGAUGUUUUCUCCUUCGCGAUGAUACUAUAUGAGAUGCUCGAAGGAGAUCCUCCCUUAGCAAACUAUGAACCUUAUGAAGCUGCAAAGUUGGUGGCAGAAGGACACAGGCCUAUUUUUCGUUCCAAAGGAUACCUCCCUGAACUGCGAGAGUUGACAGAGCAAUCCUGGGCUGCUGAUAUGAACCAGAGGCCUUCCUUCAUAGAAAUCCUCAAGAAGCUUGAAAAGAUUAAGGAGAACCUGCCUGCGGAUCAUCAUUGGCACAUCUUUACUCAAUAGUCCGAGUCCAAGCUGUUCACCUGUAGAUAACUGCUUCCACUGCCACCUUGUUUAAUUGUGCAGAUGGGUUGUGGAAAAUUUAGCCGGACGAGUUGGGAGGAAAGGAAAAAAAAAAAAAUGUGACCAUUCUUGGCAUGACAGAUUAUGAUGGGAAGGGGUAAGUUCAACACUGCUGCAUGUAGACUGCAAAUAAUAUGAUCAUUAUAUUGUCAAGGAUUGCAAAGAUAGAAUAAUGACUCGAUCUGUAUCAGUCUCCUUUGACCAUCACUCUGUGAAGGUCUGGUCCCUCAGUUUAAGAAAUUUUAGACCAGAUCAUUGAGAUGGGGCUGAUUCACACCCGGACCUUUUGAGCAAUUUGGUGGAUAGGGGAAGCCCUUUUCGUUGUACUUGAAUGUGAUAAACUGCCAUGGGCACUUGUCAAUUUUUUUCUUUUUUCCCAUUUUACCUAUCUUAAAACAUGGAAUCUUGCUGCUGGUUCAGUUUCUUUAGUUGACUUCUGAAGAUGUGGGAUUGUUUAUGCUGUGUGGAGAUAAGAUCGAAUUGAAAUGUUUGGGAUUUCCUGAGUUUAUUGCUGAAGAUGCUACUCAUAUUUUAAGUUCACAUGCUAUUUUCUAUA